AUGUUUCCUGAUGAAGCUGGUGGGAAGCUAUGUCAUGUCAGAUUUUUUAAUGGCAGCACCGCCUCUACAGCUUCUGAUGCUGUGGAUCAAUUAGGCCAUCUAAUGCUUUCUGUGUUGGUUGUACCCGAGUGUUCUCCAGAAUUGAAACUCAUCGUCGGUCAAAAGUUCCAAUCACUAGAUUUCACUUUCGCGUUUUACGAUGUGUAUGCUCACGCUGUUGGAUUUGAUACGCGCAAACAAAGAAUAAGGAAGACGGAAGGUGUUACUACUUGGUAUUAUGACAUAUGCAAUAGGGAAGACAGCAAGAAGACAAACGGCGAUAACCAAUUGAAUGCACGUUCUGGUUUUUCUAUGAAAUGCACACGAUUAUCUAAGCGUUGUGGUUGUAAAGCGAGCAUAUCGUUCAAGUUCUUCUCCGAAAGAGGACUUCCAGGUUAUAUUAUCCAGGAGUUCAACGAGGUUCAUAACCAUUACCAUUAUAUGGUUGAGGUUCCGCAUCAGCAGUUUAUGUCACUUAAUCGAAAGUUAGAUGAUGUACAUCACAAAUUCAUUCUUGAUUGUUCGAAGGCUAAUAUAGGCCCCACACUUACCUUCAAGGUGUUGAAGGAAAUUCUCGGUGGAUUUGAUCUUGCUGGGUGCAAUGUCGAGGAUAUCAGGAACACUUCUCGAGACAUCAAAGGAUACGCACAUGGGUUCGACGUACAAAUGGUGUUGGAUGAUAUGGCUAAGAAGAAGGAACUGUCUGAGGCGUUCACAUAUCACUAUGAGGUUAAUGCUAGUAACCAGUUGGUUGCUCUGUUUUGGUGCGAUGGUUUGAUGAAGAGGAAUUGUCAUAUGUUUGGUGAUAUUGUGGCGUUUGACUCUACCUACAACACAAACAGAGAUUUUCCACUUGGGUCGAUGAUUAGGACUACCUCCAUAUCUGAAUCGGAGAACAGCUUCUAUAAAAACCUUUUGAAGCCACCCGCCAACAUUGCCGAAUUCUACUUGAAUUUCAACUAUGCUCUGGAAUUUCAGCGUAAUAGUAGAACAAAAUUGGACUACCACGAUGCAACUGCCCUGCCCAUAUUGGGCACUACCUUGCCAUUCGAGAAACAUGCUUCGACGAUGUACACCGAUAGUAUGUUCAAGAAAAUACAAGAGGAAAUUAUUGAGGGUAAUGAUAGAUGCCGCGUUCUGGGUUUUUCAUCUACAGAUAUGGUUGACACCUACAAACUUGGGGACAACAAUCGAACAAUGAAGUGA